GGAUACGCGGAAGCGCGCCAGUCGACGGCGAGACUUCGCUCGCGCAGCUUCUCUCGCUGUUCCUCCUAUCCAUUUGUCUAUCAGUUUGUCCGCUUGUUGGUUCAGUCGCAAUCACCUCCGUCGAAAUCAUCAUCGCGACUGGAGGCGCGUGGAAUCGGAUAUUUUAUUUUUCCCACGCAAAGCCCUUCGGCGAAAUAUUCUCCGCAGAGAGUGGUAGAGACCACGUGACAAUCGCGCGAAGAACGUGGGACCAUCGUCACGGGACGAUCGAGGGUGGCAGGAACAUCUUGCUUCGAGUGACAGGAUCGUUUGAUGUAGAGCCAACGUAGCAGCUAUGACGAGGAUGACACGCCAAUUUUUACUGCUCCUGCUGCUGCAGAUGCUGAUAGUGGUCUGCCAUGGGAUCCAGCAAUUUGAAGAGACGCCGCAGUACACCGAGGUCAAUCCUGGCCAGGACGCGAAGCUGGUGUGUCUAGUCCUCGGAAAGAGGGGGCAGUGCAUAUGGCAGAAGGACCAGAAGCCGAUAGGCAUGCAUCUGAAGAAAUACGAGUGGGUAGGCGCCCCCGAUACCGGCGAUUGCUCGCUAUGGAUCCGAUUGGCUACUUUAGAAUUCGACGACGGGCUCUGGCAGUGCCAAGUAACUGCCAGUGACUUUACAACGCAAGAUGCGUUAACAUCUGAACCAGCGAGACUGGUCGUCAGAGUCAGCCCUCAGCGACCACAGAUAGAGUACGCCGACCGUCUAAUUCUCCCCGGCAGCAACGUGACAGCCCGAGCAGGUGAGAUCGCUACGCUCACUUGCAGAGCGCGGUAUGGGAAUCCUUCGCCUCUAAUUAAAUGGUACGUGGGUGAAACCGAACUGAGGAUGUUACGGCCCCAGGUAAACUUAACCGAGGCUGAUAAUCCGCGCACUUGGGCGACCUACAGUAUUUGCGAUAUUCUGGCGGAGCGAUCACGUUACGGCCAGUCGAUCAGAUGUGUCGCCAUUCAUCCAACGUACCCCAAUCCCACCAUGUCGUCCAGCACCGAAGUGAGAUUCGACGUGCGAUACGCACCGGAGACAAGAUUAGUCGGCGUCCCAACCGGCCAGCUCGAGGAGGGCCGCGAUCAGCUGGAAAUUCGCUGUCUCGCCGAUGCUAACCCACCAGCUUCGAUCGUUUGGAGGAAAACGAAGAGUCCCGGCGUGACCGAGGUGGCCAGUAUCGGCGAGACUCUGAUGUUCUCCCCAAUUUACAGGAAUCACGCCGCCGUGUACCUCUGCGAGGCGUCGAACACGGAGGGCGAAAGUAGCCCGAUCUCGGUCCAGGUGUCCGUAAACUAUCCACCGACAAUCAGCGCAGUCGGGCCGGAUCGAUUGACAACUGCGUUGUUAUACUCGGGUGCAUCAUUCGAAUGUCAUGCCGAUGCUAUGCCGCCAGCAGAAUACAGAUGGGCACAGAUAUUCACGGACGGCCGCAAACCGUUGGAAUGCGGAACGGGGCAGCGACUGAUCCUGACGAACGUGACGUACGAGCAACAGGGUCAGUACAUAUGUCUCGCUUCCAACAAGAUCAACGGAAACGUCAGAGAAGUCAAGAGCGACCCGGUGUCCCUGCAAGUGGUCGGCGCCCCACGGGUUGUGAAGCCGGCCAUCACGGAGAAGUUUGUCGUGGUGACGACGGAGGGUAGCCCGGCCAGAUUAGAGAUCAGGCUGUGUUCCGACCCGAAGCCGCGACUCGUUGCCUGGGAAUGGGGCAGCACCAGACUGCACGCUGGUGAAGUUCUGGAAUCACGCUAUCGUGCGCUCGAUUUGGAGCCGCUGGCUUCGGAGGAUUGCUACGUAGCGAUUUUAGAGUUGACGAGUACGGUGAAAGAGGAUCAAAGGCUGUAUCACGUUAUCGUGGAGAAUGAACGUGGCAGUGAUAGACGAGCGCUCAUGUUGAAAGUCAACGAACCCGGCCAGAUUCCGCUCGUUAUCGGUGCGGUAGCUGGAUUCACGGUGCUCUCGGUACUGAUAAUGGGAUUCGUUUGUUUCCUACGUUCGGAUAGAUGCUGCGUAGCCAGAAACACAGUGCCGGCAUUGCAGCAAGUGCAUUGUACAAAGGCUUCCAACGCUAUGAUAGAGGAUCCACGCUUGGCAGUGGAUACGAUGGAACGUACGAGUCAGCAGUUCGUCCCCGAGAAGCGAGCCAAUCACGUUCUGAAGCCCGUCCCGUCGCAGCAAUACCAGCAGGAGUGUUAUCAGCACGAGCCGCAACACCAACAGCAACAUCAUUAUCAGAGGCAUCAUCAUCAUGGGCAGCCUCACGGACAAUACACAUUGCAGGAAAAAUUCCUUCUGCAGGACGAGGAGCGGGACACGCUAAAUCGGAUUAAAAAGGGCAAGGAACGAGGAGCGCAAACUUUCCACCUUUUCUCCCGGAAAGAUCUCGAAGGUUUUAUAUAUAAAUAAAAUAUUGUACUGUUCCCGCGCGACACGAGACCAACGUGGAAUUGUAUAAAUCUAGACACACAUUACGCUUUAAUGUUACCGAACACGCUACUCCGUUGGGUCGUCCAAAAAUUUGUUAACACUUUUCACCGAUGAUGAAAAUAAUUUAUGUGUACUUUAUUUUCUUUCUUGUUUGCGGUUUUCUGCGCGUAAAAAAUUCAUCAUAAUUUUACACAGCCGUUAUACAGCGUUAUGCGCAAUUAUAUGAGGCAACGCCGCUAUCCAUUAGCGACUCGAAGGGAAGUUUUUCGACGAUCCAACGUUAACAUUUACGAUACUUAUGCGGCGACACGCCGCGCCGCUGCCCGCGCAAGUAUCGAACGUAUCACGUUCUCCGAUCGCGAUAGUCGCUUUGAGUGAUUUAUGCGCACGGCACAGGGUGCAUUACGCAUGCAUUUAGUUAUAUCUAGCCCCCGGGUGUCUCCCCGGCAAUUACCGCUGCGUCCUUGUUUGUAAUUUAAUUCAGAUCAAUGUACAUAAAUGAACCAUACUGCCGCCGACGAUACUGCCCUGCCCCCCGGGGUCGUCUGCCGGGGACAACAAUUGGAGAUGCACAAGACACAAGCCAGCCGCAUCCCAUCCUUGUAAAGAAUCACCGAAUUAAGCCGAUUCCUGCGGAAUCACUUCCGCGAGACGUCGGGACGCUUAAUCUCGGAUAAGAUCCCCGUCGAUUUCCCCGAUUCGACCCAUUUCUCACGAGGCGAGCGUUUUGUUCGCUCGCAAGUCCAGGAAGAAGUGUGUUUCUCGUGGACGCGCGCGCAUCCCGCGGGAUUCAGAAACGUAAAGACUGAAUUACCUUCAAAUCGAGACUGCCGAAUUUACGCUUCAAGCAGGAGCACUUAACGGCGACCAGACUAUCCGGUCGUUUCGAGAAAAUCUCACACGAAGACUGAGGGAAAAGCUGUAAUUAACUGCCGUGACUGUCGUUACUGCCGAUUAUCUCAUAUUGCCUCGUUUAAGAGGAUCCUGGAGUUAUCUGUAUUAUUAACGGAAUGAAUGAUUUUUUAGAUCUUUUCAUUGGUUGCGCAGAAUGAAAAAUCCUUUUGCACGAUAUCAAGGAACUAAUCUUGUGCUCUGUUUUUAUUUUUUUACUCUUGGUCACGAUUUCACAUACGAAAUUUGGCAUGAAAGUUUCAUAACAAUUAAUCUUUUUUACUACGCUUUUAAAUUCACUUCAAAAAGCAUCAUCGUAUUCAUUUAUCGUGUCCUCACUCUGGACGACAGCCGUUUCGUACGUACAAAGCGCCAAAUUUUUAUGUUAAGCGCACAUUAUUAAUUGUAUGAGAUUAGGCAACAAGCCAACAAGAAAAUUGUAAUUUUCGAACUUUUUCCCGUUUCGAACAUAAAGUCUUGUUGUCCGGGGUUCGUUAUCGUGUGUACUUUAAUCGUGGAAAUGGAUUUUUCAUUCUGUGCAAACAAUAAAAAUAUUUCUUUGGAAAAGAAUCACUUAUUCCAUUGAUAAUACAGACGAUUCCAGGAUCCCCUCAAAAUCGUGGACACGAUUAAAAACGUGGACUAAAAUCGUGGAUUAAAAUCGUGGACACGUAAAAAAAAACAAAAAAUAUUCUCCGUAUUGCAGACGCAUUUGUUCCUUUUAUCCGUCUGAUGAUUGAUACGUCGUAUACUCGAAAUGCCGACAAACACUGCGACGGAACCGUCUUGAGGAAGACCACAUUAAAGAAUGUUUGUACGAUAGAGAUACACUACACUUUAGUCGAAGUUACGCUCAUGCCAUUGCGAUUUAACGGCGAUAUAUUAUUAUCUAUUGGACACAUCGAGUGAGCAUAUGUACAUAUACAUACGUAUACAUAUAUCCGCUUAGAUCACGAUCUAACGUAUGAAUCGUCGUCCAAUCAAUGAAAGUUUCAACAGCAAUGUACCCACCCACCGAUGUCCGCGACCGCCAAUUCGCGUGCGCCUCUACAUCGCUGUUGCGAAAAAAAAGUAGUUUAAACAAUCGGUAGCUGAGAGACGAAGUGAUUUGAUUCGCAGUUGUAUAGUAGUCGUAUACGAAUAAUUUAUCGAACAAUUUAUCGGUUCAAGAGAGAGAAACUCUUUCUCUUUCUCUCUCGAAAGAAAAGGAAAAAACAGAACGGGAACCAAGCUGUACAGAUCGUUUCAGAGUGCACCGAUCGUGUCGGAGUUCCGCAUUCUGCGUGCACCCCGCACCCCCAGAAGAGAUUGUGUACAGAGGAACUUCCCAUUGAUUACUUCUCGCCUAACACACAUAUGAGGGAUCGUACUGCUUACCUCGAUCGUCCCAGUGAGAUUAACCGCAUUGUAUCUUCUGGCUGUUAAUUAAUUAAGUCUGUCCGCGCAGGCGAGCACCGUCGACUUUGUAAUCGGAUUAAUAACGGGACACUCCGCUGUGUGGCAUACGAAAUAGUUUCGAGGAGUUUCCGAAUUCUCUUUCGUGUAUAAAGCUGUCACCAAUUAAAAACUGAUCAUACGUAUGAUACUGCCAUUUGUCAUCCCCCCCCCCGAUCCCGAUCGCGAAGGAACUGCGAUCGACGGAACUUUUUCUUCAGGAUUUUUUGUUCUUCCUUCCACAUUUAUUGAAGACUAUUAAUUGUUAUUAUAUGCAAUAUUGUUAACAUUGAUAUUGACAUUGAUGUUAUCAACAUGUUGAAAUAUAUUGCGUACGGAAUCACAUUGAA